AUGACACUGGAACUCAACUCUAUCGGCUUUUCUUCAUUUGUUGUUAGCAUCGUGCUAUCGUUUCUAGCAACUUUAGCUGUUGUCAUCAGAUUUUACACCAGAGGAAAGCUCAAUAAUGGACUUGGAUUGGAUGACUGGUUAAUUCUAGCAUCAUUACCUUUCUUUUAUUUAUAUGUGGUGGAUGUAUUAUAUGGCGUGAUCAUUUAUGCCGGUGUCGAAGAGUGGAAAAGUCUGGAUACCCAAGUCGAUCAUCUAACAAAAUACCUCAAGGCAACACCAGCGUAUGGAAUCCCAAUAACCUUCGUAAAACUUUCGAUCAUCGCAUUCUACCGUCGAUUAUUUACAGUCGGACACUUCCCAAAGAUUUCAGGAAUUGUUGGGAUAAUAUGUUUUGCUUGGUUCAUUGCUGGCUUCAUUGCCGGUUUCCUUUAUUGCAUACCCAUGCAUAAGUUCUGGGAUAUAGCUGCAGAAGGUCACUGCUACAAUUUCAACACCUUCUUUCUUACAAUGGAGAUUCUCAACCUUUUGCUCGACGUCGCCAUUCUGGGCCUUCCGAUUCGCAUGAUUUCGAAACUGAAAUUGCCAAUGAGAAAGAAGGUGAUGAUCAGUGGAAUAUUUCUGUUGGGGGGCUUUGUUUGUGUCACUGGUGUUCUUCGAAUCAUUCUUGUCUACAAACCCAAUAAUGUUUUCAUUUCUUUUACAGGAGGUGCACUAUGGACUGCUGUUCAGCUUGGUGUCGCGAUCAUUUGCGCCUGCCUUCCAACAUACGGACCGCUUUGGCCUCCUAUCAAAUCGUUUGGCAGUUCACUCCGGAACAUUUACGCUUCAAUGCUCGGCACUAGCACUAGACAAGGGACAUCCACCACAGUUACAGAGUCUGGAAAUGGCAUACCAGGAACAAACUCAUAUUACAAAAAGAUGGACGGUUCCAACAAUGAUCACAUUCAUCUUACGGAAAUCUCGGGAAUGAAACAUGAUCAGGAUAGCACUUCGAGCGAUGAACUAGCUAUUCAAGGGAUUCGUGUGAAAAGGGAAGUUGAUGUUGUUUAA